UUUUGUUUUUUCUAUUUUUCUUGAACCAUUUGAGUUGUAGGUUAGCCCACGACUCCGACCUGUUGGGUUUUUCUUUCAACGUUACUCGCAGAUACUGAUUCUAGUUUUAGAUCUAGAUCUGGCUCUAGUUUCAGUAUUCCUUUUUUUAUUUUUAUUUUAUUUUUAUUCUCGGGGGUAUGCCUAUUCGACACCCAAGAUCUGUCAAAUGAUCAACUAAAACCACGAUUCCAGUCACUCGCUCAACACUGCUCAUUUUUUAUUAUUAUUCAUUCUCUUGUUCAGUUUCUUUGUAUAAUCUUUUUUCCUCCCGUCACAUUUACUAGUCACGUAUAAUGGGCGUCAUAUCACAACCUCUGCACCGCCGAUUAGCCAUGCGGAUCCCCUUCACCCGCCUAAACUCCUUCGCCAAGGCAUGCGUCGGAGCGGUGGUGAUUCUUAUGUUUUUGGCCGUCGCCCUCCAGUCGGACAGCUCAGACUUUAGGAGAAGCUGGUUGAGGAAAACACGGCCGCCGGUCUCGAGCGGCACUUUUAGAUCGAAACCGCCGCUGCUCGAGCUGGCCAACAACGCGACGCCGUCUUGGAACGCGGCGCUCAGCUGCAACGACGACCUCGACCAUUUGCGCAGGCUCAAGGAGCGGUAUGGGCUGGCGGAUCAGUUCGAGUACUUUAAGCGCCACGUGGUGGUCUCGCGCGAGGACAUCAAGCGCAAGUCCCUGACGGAGCUCAAGCAGAGCUUUGCGCCGCAGACGUUCCGGGUGGUCGACACGACCAGCACGUACGCGGAGAGGCAGACGUGCCUGGAGCCGUUGGAGGUGCACGUCAGCAGCUCCCCGUUCCCGUCGACGGCCAACCUGUCCGACUUUAUGUUUGGCGUGUCGACCACGUACGCGCGGUUCAACGACCCCAAGACCAGCCCGGUCAAGGAGUGGUCGUACUGGCUGACCGACUCGGCGGGAAACUCCAACGGCGGCAAGCUGGUGCUGCUGCUGGUCAACGCCACGCACGAGGAGCUGACGGAGGCCGCGGCCCAGCUCGGCGCGGUCGGCAUCGACGCCGACGUGUACCGGGCCGACCCCGAGGACAUCAUGGCGGUGCGCUACAUGUCGCUGGUGCCGGCCAUGUACAAGCAGCCGGAGCGCGUGCACAAGAAGUGGCUCGUGGUCUGCGACGACGACACGUUCUUCCCCUCGCCGCACGCGCUCGUGGAGACGCUGGGCGAGAUGGACCCGUCGCAGGAGCUGUACGUGGGCACGCUGUCGGAGGACAUCAACAACGUGCAGCGGCACGGGUCGCAGGCGUUUGGCGGGGCGGGUGUUUUUAUCUCGGUGCCGCUGGCGCGGCGGAUCUCGGAGCUGUUCCCGAGCUGCAGCACCGAGGACAAGAUCAACGAGUCCAACAGCGGGUGGGGACCGCAGGGCGACAUCAUCCUGCGCAAGUGCAUCUACGAAAACACGGCGGUGCGGCUCACGAACCUGGGGGAGCUGUGGCAGAUCGACCUGACGGGCGACCCGUCGGGGUUCUACGAGUCGGGGAUGCGGCCGCUGUCGCUGCACCACUACCGCGGGGGGUUCUGGCCGGUGGCGCACCCGUUCGAGUACACCAAGGUGUCGCACCUGUGCGGCGAGGACUGCAUGAUGCAGCGGUUCCGCACGGCCGACGACUGGGUCAUCUCGACGAGCUUCAGCGUGGUCAACUACCCGCGGGGCAUGGACGGCCUCAACAUGCGCCAGCUGGAGCGGACCUUUGCGCCGGCCCCCGACGACAAGGGCUGGAACUUUGACUACACCUUUGGCCCGCAGAGGGAGUCGCUGCUCCGGACGGGCCGCAAGAUCUCGUGGGACCUGCAGGAGAGCACCGUGGAGAUGCACGCCAACGGCAGGAUGACGGUCAGCCAGGUCUACGUGCGCAAGCAGAGCGACCCGAGGUGGGUCGACCAGUCCGAGACGCCUAUGAGCAGGCAUGACGGAAUUAUUGAGCUGGUUUGGGUUUCUUGAUUCAUGUACUGUAUGCCGUCUUGGGUUUUUGGCUUUUUUUUUUUCUUUUUCUUUUGUUCCUCGGCGUUGGGGUUGGGUAUCUUCUAUGUUUGGGGUAUUCCUUGGUGUCAAUAUUUUGUACAAAGGAGAUGCUGAUAGUCAUGAUGCCAUUGGGCGUGUCAGCAAUACAUAUUUUUUUACUCGCAAACUCUUGGAUUUCUCUACUUGGUCAUUUUCGAAUGCUCCUUGGCUCAGUCUACAGUUCUGUUUAAUGCCUGUCUAGUAACUGUCGGUAUACGUUUGCACAAAUUGGUGUUUGGGCGCAAGCUUGUAAAUGUUUUGGUAAUGUGUAAAUGAUGGUGACAACUUUUCUUUGUCAUCCUUGGCCAUGCUGUUUGUCAUUUGACCAAUGGGAUCCCGCAUCAGGCAUGUGUUUUACUUUUUUAUGUACCGUAUAGGACAAAGUUUAGCAAACUCUCCCCGGCUUUGGUCAACCGCAUGAAUAUACCAGCAAGGGCUCAAACCGGCUCGCGACGUCGCUCACAAAUGUCAAGAUAGUUUGCCGACACACACUGACAAGGUCUUGACGGCA